AUGCCACCUAAAAAAAAUUCUCAAAUUACAACAAAUUCACAAUCAUCAAUUAAUAUAAAUGUUUCUGAUGAUCAUGAUGAUGAUGAUGAUAAUCAUAUAUUUGAAGAUGAUGCUAAUUUUCGACAAAUGAUUGGUGCAUCAAUUCAAUAUAUAUUAGUACAUAGUUCUAAAUCUCAAGUUAUUAAACGACUUGAUUGGAUAAAUACAGUACUUCGACCAAUGGCUAAUGAUGGACGAAAAUAUUUUCCUAGUGUACAUAAACAUGUUAUUAAAGUUUUAAAUGAUACAUUUGGUUAUAAACUUAUAUUUGAUGAAAAACAUGAUGGUUAUGUAUUAAUAAAUGGUUUAAAACAAGGUCCACUUGAACAUCGACCAUUAGCUAAUUCUAAUCAAUAUUCAAAAUAUGCAUUAUUAAUGAUAAUUAUAGCUUGUUUAAAACGUGCUGGUGGUGAAAUGACAUCAAUUGAUUUUUGGGGAAUACUUGGUGAAACAUUUUCUAUUCGUAAUGAUGAAUCAACACGUUUAACUAUAAAUCAACAUAAAAUAUUUGGUGAUGUACAAAAAUUAAUUAAAAAUGAUUUUGUUAAAGAAGGUUAUCUUAUAUUUGAACAAGCAAAAGAUUUUACGGGUGAUACACCAACACAAACAGUUAAACUUGGAUUUCGUGCUCAACAUGAAUUUCCUGAUGAAAUACUUGAGAAAUUUAUUGAAAAAGUUGAAGAUUAUGGUAUUGAAAGUGAUAGAGAGGAUGAAAAUGAUAAUGCAAUGGAUGAAGAUAAUUAA